AUGGCUUCUAUUCUUCAGUUUUGGCAUAUUGCCAGGCUAGGGACUGAUGGAGUUAUCUUGGAUGCAGAGCUGCAAACCCUGGGUGAAGGUUCAGGCGAUGAUAUCCUGCUUGUAGAUGCCAAACCCACUGAGCCGUCCCUCAACCCUCGCUUGUGGCCUCUAUACAAACGCGUACUGUGCACAGUCCUGGCCACAUCCGUCGGAUUUAUUGUCAGCUGGGCAGGCUCUAUCACGUCGGCGGCUGCUGAGAAUGCGAGUGUGGAAUUUGGUGUGAGCGAGACGGUUGAAUCUCUGGCAACAGGUUUAUACUUUAUCGGUUUUGGUCUUGGAUCGCUUCUUGCCGGUCCCAUCUCUGAAACACUUGGUCGUAAUGCCAUAUACAUUGUUGCCAUGACUCUAUUCAUGGUUUUCAUUGCUGCAUCUGGAGCGGCGCCCAACAUUGAAGCACAACUUAUCUUCCGUUUCCUGGCUGGCUUCUUUGGCAACACACCAUUGACAUGUGCCGGUGGCAGCCUAGCGGAUCUGUGGAGUCCCGAAGAAAGAGUGAUUGUGGUUCCAAUUUACUCUGUGGGUAUAUUCGAUGGAUCUGCUCUAGGUCCAGUUGUUGGCGGUUGGGUUGCACAAGGUGCAAGCUCUGGAGCCUUAUCAUGGCGCUGGGUUGAGUGGAUCACGCUGUGCAUCUCAGCUGUCAUACUGUUGCUUAUUGUUCUCUUUCUUCCCGAGACAUACGCGCCUGUCCUCCUGCAGUGGAAAGCUCAUUCUAUUCGCACAAAGACCAAAGACAGCCGGUAUCGAGCACCCAUCGAGGUGACUCGGGAGCCUCUAAUGAAGCGCCUCGGGCGUGCGAUGCAACGGCCUUUUGCUUUCCUCUUGAGAGAGCCCAUUAUCAUCGCCAUUGCUCUAUACUUGGUCCUGCUCUACGUGGUCUUUUUCACAUUUCUGAAUGGAUUUCCCUUCAUAUUUGGAAACACCUAUCAUUGGGGUUCUGGAAUUACAGGUACAGCCUUCAUGGCUAUUUUCAUUGGCCAGCAUAUACCGCUGACCCUGAUGCCAAUCACGAGAAAAUGGGCAGCACUAUACAAGGCCAGACGUGAAGCGGAUGGUGCGCAGGAGAUCGAUCCCCCCGGAGAAUAG